GGAAAAUGACUGCAACCGGUGCUUCAUCAUUUCCCGGAUUACAUAGGAAUUUGAAGCGGUUUAUAAGGGUCCUGAAUUAUGCUGCUUGUGAAUGGAUUCUCAUCUUUCUUCUGUUCGUUGAUGCUGCCUUUUCUUACAUGCUCACCAGUUUUGCACGACACUGCGAGCUGCAAAUUCCUUGCAUUAUAUGCUCGCGGCUCGAUCAUGUUUUCGGCAAGGUAAAAGAUGGAUAUUACAGGACUCUGUUUUGCCGCAACCAUAGAUCGAAGCUUUCGUUCUUGCUUUCCUGCAACAUCCAUGAUAAGCUUGUCGAUGGCCGCGGUAUGUGUGACGAUUGUCUCUCGUCACGCUUCGAGGGAAUCGAAUCGAACUCGGAUAUGCAGAGACUCUUUGCAGGAAAAUUGGGGUAUGAGGGGAAUUGCGGUUCCCGAAGCUCGGUUCUCAAUCAAGGCAUAAGGUUGUGCCUAUGCUGCGGUAAACCUUGGGUUUCAAGAGCAGGUUCCCAUGGCAUGGCUGAUGCCAAUCGGAACAUUCCAUUUCCAUGUACCUUAAGUCCUAGUGAAUUGAAGAAGAUGAGCAAUAAGUGUUGUGCUUCUGCAGCAUCUCAUGUAGGAGACACUGAGCUGAAGAUCACUUCCAAAUCGAAAUCCAGGUUUCGGUCCGCAGAUAAUCACGAUGGCAACAGAAAAGUUUGUGAUUUAAAUGAGAAAGAGCCUAAAAGACAGCUCAAUGCUAUUGAAUCUCGGGGUGUUAAUGUCAGCUGUUUAGCUCCAGAGAGAGAGAAUAAAGAGAAGGCAAAUUCAAAUGGACUGCCUGAGCUUAUUUCACUUGAUGCUUCAUCUGGCCUUAUGGAACCAAGCUUCAAUUCCUCAUCACUGCCUGAUUUUGUUUCUCUGGUUGAUACAUCGAAUUCGGUUAAAGCUAAGAUUGUUCCUCUUGAAAAAAAUUCAGAUAAUUGUGAUUCUGCAUCAAGUAAAACUGAGAAUAUUUCUGUCAAUAACAACAAUGAAACCAUGAAGGUGAUGAACACAUCGACCGGAGCUCGUUUCGAAACUGGUCGAGUUGUGAAUGAUACAUCAAGGCUAAAUUCAACUGAUAGAGACCGAACUGCGCCCGAGUUUGUUAGCAAAUGUAUGCUAGCUUGCACUAAUGGUGCUAAUGGAGAUCGUAAGUCAUCACCAGCAACUAAAAUUGAACAUAUUUCUCUCAGCAAGAACGGUGAAAUCUCGAAGCUGAUAAGCAAUGAAACGCGAACUGGUCUCGAAAAUGAUCAAGUUGUAGAUGAUGCUACCACCGUGAAAUCAACUGACGGGGAUCCGAGUUUGGUCCCGAUGCUGCCUGUCAGUGGUGAAGAGAAAAGUGCAUCAGAAUUUGCUGCUGAAAAUAAUGUGGUUAAUGAAGAUCUUAAGUCAUUGCCGGCGCAGAAUUCUUCGGGAGAAGGGAAUCCAUUAUCGUUGAACUAUUUAAGUCCUGAGUUACAAGAUCGUGCAGUUCAAUUGCUGAGAACUGAUUCCAUUUCUGUUGAGGUUCGUAAUCUUCAGAACCUAUUCAUCGAGGCAAUAAGUGAAUCCCCCGGCCUCGAACCUUUCGAUGAAAGCAGAGUCAUUGAAGGUGAAAGUCUAGUCGAUACGCUUAAUCGACAAGUUGAGGAUGCCCGGGAGUACAUAGAUGCAUUAUCCAAGGAAUUAGACGAAGAAAGAAAUGCUUCAGCAAUUGCUGCAAAUCAGGCAAUGGCCAUGAUCACAAGGUUGCAAGAAGAGAAAGCGUCUCUCCGCAUGGAGGCCCUGCAGUACCUGAGGAUGAUGGAACAACAAGCCGAAUACGACAGUGAUGCCUUGGAGAAAGCUAACGAUCUUCUUACCGAUAAGGAGAAAGAAUUACAAGAUCUUGAAGCAGAGCUUGAUUAUUACAGAUUGAACUUCCCUCAUGAAAUACCUGAGGAGGCCGAACCACAUGUUCCUACGGUGCAUACAACCACAUGUUCCGAGCAAAAUGAUAUGAAGAGUAAUACCAUAGAACCAGAAUUCCCCGAGGCUUGCGUAGUCGACGAUCAACCUGUAGUCAUAACCGCAUGGUCGGAAAUCAAAGACGAGAAGUCGUUCAUCUCUCAGUUGUUGCAAAAGUUGGAGAAGAAACUUAGCAGGCUUGCUCAGUAUGGGGCUCCACAAGAAAAUUCGAAUAGCGAACACUCCGACGACGAAAAGGAUCAUAAACAAGAGCAUAAUGCUUCGUCGAAGGCUAAUCGAACCGGUCCUUCUCGAGAGAGUUCAAGUACUUCAACAAGAAAAGAUGAAGUGGUCAGCAAGGAAAAUGGUGAAACGGUUUCUGAUGGUGAAGAUUGUAUAGGAAAUGGGUUGGAAGAUCUUGAAAUUGAAAUUGCAGAGCUCCAUGAGAGGUUGGAAGCACUAGAGGCAGACUGUAGUUUUCUUCAUCGUUCAUUUAAUUAUAUUAAGAACGGAAAAGAGGGGCUGGUUUUAAUUCAAGAGAUCCUUCUUCUAUUACGAGAAGUGAAGGAAAUUGGGUUAAAGACCCUGAACUCGUCUGUUCUAUGA